UAUACCAACAACAGUGAGCACAACAACUGCACCCAAAACCAACUCAACUCCAACUACUCCACCCACAGACACCAGCCCGAGUGCUACAAUCUUAUCCACACCAUCUACAACCAACAAGCCCUCACCAAUCACUACAACUACUGACACCCAUGUAUUAACCUUUACAUUUACAAUAAAUGAAGUUUUUGACACUCAACUCAAUGACCAAACCAGUACAAAAUACAAAGAAUAUAAAAAGAAAAUUGAGAGUUCAAUUGAUUUAAGCUACAAAACUGUAACUGGUUACAUGGCAGGCACUGCAAAAGUGACAAACUUCAGGUCUGGUAGUGUCUUGGCAGACUUUAAUAUCAGCACUACUAGUGUUAACCUGGAUUUGGUAUCAGCAAAUGAAAACGUUGCUAAUGAUCUCCGUACUCAGGGAUUUAAUGUGAGCAACAAUGCAUUCAGUCGAAGCGUGAAAGAUGGACUAUAUAAAAGCAGCGGCAAUAUAUAUCCUGGGAGGAAUCUCACAUUGACCUGCAAUCCCCCAGUUAAUAAUAGCCUAACAUGGACUCGAGAUAAUGAAACACUACAUCAGUCAAAUAAUAUCCUUCAGAUCAAUAAUGCCUCUCCCAGUAACAAUGGCCAAUAUGCCUGCACAACAACAGUAAACUCAAUGCCAUAUGUGAUCUGGCAAAGCAUUAAUAUUGAGCCAUACCCCAUUAUCCAAGUGACCAGUGACAAACUUUUACAAUGUAAGGAUACCACAGUCCCACUGCAGUGCUGUGUUCAGUCAGUUUACCAAGUGAAAUGGGAUGCUUGCAACUCACCAUCGACAAACCCGGUGACAGGCUGCAUAUCAUGCGACUAUUCAGUUAAACAAACAGACUGCAUAAAUAAUGCAGUAGCACAGGUGAGAUGCCAACUCCAAAAUCCCCUCCCUGAAAGUACAAGUCAGAGUUACAACUCAAAGAGCAUCACCUUAAAUAUAGUUAACAAAACAUUUGACUGCUUUGAUAAUGUAUUUGGAGCUGGAAAUCUGGGAGAUAAAAGCUCUGGUAACUGUAUUGGAGAGAUGGUUGGCUAUCAAGUAGCUCAGUGUAAUCCCUUAAACCUCUGGAAACCCAUAGAAAACUCCUGUGUUCUUCCCAUCUUUAAAAAUUUACAAGAUACAGCUAAGACUUUACAGCUAGACAAAAUCCCCCAAUUUAUGGUCAACCUCAGCACUAAUGCUUUAUUAGCGAGUGAAAACAUCACUGACUCUUCAGCUACAAUAUUAACAAUUGUAGACAUACUAAACACUAUUUCGUAUCUCUCACAAACAAUUUUAAUUAGUCAACCUGUUAUGAAGAAUUUCCUAGAAACAACAGAGGUGAUUGGAUCAGAUGGUGCACAAAGCACAUGGGUGCUCAUAAACAGCAACAGUACAACUAGGCAUGUCAGUUCUGAACUUCUAAAAUCUACUGAGAAGAUUGCAACCAGACUAUCAAAUGGUAACUUCUCAAUACCAACAAACUUUAGUUCUCUUAACAAAACUUCCAUCAUUGCCCCCUUUUCUGGAACAUUUGGAGUAAAUUCAACGACCCAAAUAAAUAUUCCAGUGGCGAGUGCACAGACAUCCCUCACAGUCAUCAUUUCUUCAGCUUUUAAUAAUAUCUUACCUGUUCGAAAUCUGACCUACGAUGACAGCAAUCAAACUGGCACCAUCAUCAAUGGAGAUGUAGCUGUAAUUGAGACAAGCACAAAAAUUAACAGCAUCUCCCUUUCUUUUGAGGUCAAAAAUACGACGUUGGGAAACCCUCAGUGUGUCUUUUGGAACUUUAACCUUUUAAAUGGCAUUGGGGGAUGGGACUCGACUGGAUGUCUACUAAAGUCAUUACAAAAUGAAACUGAAAUAGUUACAUGUGAAUGCAACCACACAACAUCUUUUUCAAUUUUGAUGUCACCAUUUACUCCGGAUAAAGACUUAGCCAUAAUCUUAGACUAUAUCACAUACAUCGGUGUUGCUAUUUCAUUGGGCUGCUUGGUUUUGUGCCUCCUAAUUGAAAUCAUUAUAUGGAAAUCAGUAACAAGAAAUGACACGUCCUACAUGCGUCAUGUCUCUGUAGUCAACAUCGCUCUCUCCCUACUGAUUGCGGACAUAUGCUUUAUCAUUGGAGCAGCGGUAGUUAACCGAGGCGAAGGUCCCUGCAGUACAGCCACAUUCUUCAUGCACUUCUUUUAUCUUGCCCUUUUCUUCUGGAUGUUGUUGUCAGCACUCUUGCUCCUCUACCGCACCCUUAUGGUCUUUUCCAGAAUGACCAGAGGUGCAAUGAUGGCCAUAGCCUUUAGUGUUGGCUAUGGAGCCCCAUUAAUCAUAGCUGUGGUUACUGUGGCAUCUACAGCUGGACAACAUGGAUACAUUCAAAAAAAUUACAACUGUUGGCUAAACUGGAGUCAAACGAAGGCCCUCCUGGCAUUUGUGAUUCCUGCUCUAACUAUUGUAGCUAUAAACUUCCUAGUGCUUAUUGUGGUUCUGGUGAAGAUGUUGAGAAGAGGGGUUAAUGCUUCCACUCAGCAAGAUGAGAAACAUCCUUUAGUAGUGAUUGCUAGAUGUGUGGCGAUUCUAACACCUCUCUUUGGUCUAACGUGGGGAUUCGGCAUUGGAACCUUGGUAUCAUCGAACCGUGGAAUUCACAUUGUGUUCGCAUUCCUUAAUUCACUGCAGGGCUUCUUUAUUUUGGUCUUUGGAAUAUUACUGGAUAGUAAGGUCCGAGAAGCAUUGGCAGGAACGUUUUCACUGAGGAACUUUAGCUCUAAUCGGACUAGGAGUACAAGUGAGGGACCAUCAUCCUCAGGUGGAUUUCCUUUCUUUCGGAGACUACGGCAAAGAAAUGCAUACAACGUAUCGAGUGCUGGUGUUAUGUCUUCAAGCAACUCAGACACAGCUGGUCACAGCCAAAGUAGUAUGCCCAUCUUACAAGGGUCUGCUUAACUAUAUGAACAAGAAGAAAAACAUUUUUAUUGGUUUACAUUGUUUCUCAUUAACAUAUAAGAAAAUUAUAAAGUAAAUAAAAAUCAAAUUGGCAAGCUACCAAAACAUUUUUAGCCCUUCUUGCUACUAGUCUGUAUACCUGGAAGAUCCUUAAAAUGUGCAUCAUGCAAGAAGGGUGAUAUCGAAGGACAUAGGUUUAUAAAUUUAAUGUUUCACACUAUUACACACACACACACACACACACACACACACUUAUUGGGAAAAUGGUAUUAGCUAAAUUAUUUUAAAAACUCUUCUUUUAUCUUCAUUAAGAAAUUCCCUUUUUAUAAUUGAGGUGUUUCAUUCCAUAUUGGACCACAAAACUUUUGUUUGGUAUCCGGUUCCACUGCUCCAUUUUACUAAGUGUGUUGACCUUCUUUCAUAUCUUAAUUACAUUGAAUGAACUGUAUUUUAUGUUGAUUAAUCUCUUUACUACAGCCAUUUACUUUUAGUUGUAUUAAUAUUUGCAAUAAGUUAAAUAGAUGGCAAUGUGUUCUUACUGAAAAAACAACCAAACAAAAAAACAGUUUCUUUUUGUCAGCUUUAUGUGCCGCUUCAGGGUGCUUUCAUACACAGACUUCAGGCAUGGAUUCCAGUAUACUUGACCCUAAAGUUUGGCAUGUUUAUGUUACAUGAACACUCCAUAUCAUGCCUGGGUACAGAUCACCAUAUCAGGCUUAAGGCCAGUUGAAAGGGUGGUCUUGAACGUGGUAGAGUGUAUGUGGGUACAGCUCGAACCAGAUAUGAAAGCCAAUUGUCCAUGAAAAAUUGAAGUGGAUGGCUGUUUAGAGCCUAAAAUCAGCAACACAUUUGUCUCCUUCAAAAUCUGAGUGCAUGCAGCAUGUGCCAGCUCCUUUUGUCACUUUUUUCUGACCAGUGUUGAGGGACGUUACUUUUUAAAUAACUAAUUACAUUACAAAUUUGCUGUCUUUAAAAAGUAAUCAGUUACAUUACAGCGUUACUUUCUGAUAAAAGUACUUUUACAUUGAAGAAAAUGAAAACUCCUUUGUUAUUCCUUAUGCAUGUUGUUUUAGUCAAGACCUUUUUAAUUAUUCUACCAUCAUCACUUAGCGAAAUUUGGCUCAUAAUCUGUUAACUACUAAUACCCCUAUCUUACUGACGCAGUUUUGUGCGGUGGCCGUAAGUACGGUUCAUCAUGAUUCACCGUGAGUUUUGGCGCUGUGAUUAGGUUUCCAUCUUUCUGUGUGUCUUUGCAUAAUGUCGAGUGGUCACUCGCACUGCUUCUUACUGCGAGUCAAACUUCAUAGGUAAGAUAGAGGUUUAACAACAGGAAUAACAGGGGGGCAGGUUAUCAGGGGCGGGGCUUGUAGGACGAAUUUCACACACAAACUAACGGAAUGACUGCUGUCUGGCUCACGGAUUACAUAAAUUGUUGAAAAUAAAUCUAUAUAACUUAAAUGGCAGACCUACUGUAACACGUUAAAAUACUCGUUACAUCAAAAAAGUAAUCGUUACUUUGUAAUGCGUUACACCCAACACUGUUCCUGGCAUAAUAUCAAUGAUAUGUUAACUUUGUUGUACUUGUCUUCUCUUUUAGUUUAUUGUUGGCUUGCAAACCAACUACUGCAUACUGCCAGCUUCUGUAUCAGAGAGAGCAAAAAUAUGUAAAUGUAUUCAGGUAUGAAGCAAUAUUACUAAUGUGAAAGCUGGCCAGUAGAGGAGUGAGGAAGGCCUGCAAUCAAUUUUUGGGUAGUUUACAAAUCAUUUGUGCCUAAUGAGAAAGCAGCCUUAAACACAAUUUGUUUGUUUACUUUCUGUUAUGAUCACUUCUGGAAACACAAUUAUAUUACUCGGACUUAUAGAAUCAGAAGAAGUUAUUCCCUAUUGUGUAACUCUGUGUGUGAAGUAUAUUUUUGGAUUUACUUUCUUGUCUCAGAUUACAUAUUGUUUGCUUGUAUUUCUUCAUGCUUUGACCUUAUCAAUAACCAUUUAUAACCUUUCAAUGUUUAGGU